CCCAUUCAGUCCCCGAGCCACCCUUCAGAGCCCUUUGUGGACCCCAAGUACCACUGGCACUUGAUGUCUAUUUCGAAGUAUGAACCCCGGUAUACAUAAUGUGGCAUGACGCUUUGCUGCUGCUGGGGGCUCUGUUAUGCUUGGAGGGUCUUUUUACACAUUGCUUUCUCUCCGGCAACUUACUUUCCAUAGCAAGGCACGGUAUUUAUGACCAGAAAGCAACCAGCUCAUGGUGAUUCUACUCUAUUCUACGAACGAGACCCAGGAUAAGCUGGUCCUUGUCGAGAAGCAACUUGAUUCAACUUUCUUCCUACGAUUACAGGAUGAACAACAUACUUCGGUGCAUCCAGACCCGCACGAAAUCUUUACUCACCGAGACAGCGCCAGAAUGCGAUAUAGGUCAAGUCUCAGACAUAGCGGGCAAAGCAAGGCAAAUUGUCCAAGAACCCUAUUUCGAACAUGAACCAAAAGUGUCUGAAUGGCUCAUGACACUCUCGCCCACGAAGGGAGGCAUGUAUCAAUAUCUUCGAAAUCUCUUCCCUUGCAUCAGGUGGAUUCCACGGUAUAACUGGCAUUGGAUGCUCGCAGACUCGAUUGCAGGCCUCACAGUAGGGCUCGUGGUGAUCCCGCAAGCUAUGGCGUACGCUCUCCUGGCGACUUUGAACCCAGACUUUGGCCUGUAUACGUCUUUUGCAGGAGCAGCAGUCUACUGGUUGUUUGGAACUUCCAAGGACAUCGUCAUCGGCACAACUGCUGUUGGGUCACUGCUGGUCGGCAACGUGAUCUCAGACAUACAGGGGUCUCACCCUGGUAUUUAUACUAAUGUCGAAAUCGCAAAAACGUUGUCCUUCAUGUCAGGAGCUAUUCUGCUGGCCAUCGGGCUACUGCGAUUGGGCUGGAUAGUUGAGGUUAUACCUUACAUCCCAAUCUCGGCGUUCAUCACAGCAGCGAGCAUCACGAUCAUGUCUACGCAAUUUCCAGUCAUGAUGGGCAUCCCUGGCAUCAACACCCGCCAAUCCCCGUACAAGGUAAUCAUCAGUUCGCUGAGCAACUUAGGUAAUACCCAGCUCGAUGCCGCAAUUGGUCUCUCGUGCCUUGUGCUUUUGGAGUUAAUCAAGAGACUGUGCACAAAGUUUGAAGUUCGGCAACCAUCUAGAAAGCGACUGUGGGCGACGGUUUCCUCCAUGAGGCUUUCGUUCUGCAUGCUGCUCUACACUUUCAUCAGCUGGCUCGUUCAACGCAACCUGUCUGAGAAUGAUUCAAAAUUCCGAAUUGUGGGACAUAUCGAUAAGGGCUUCAAGCACGCUGGCAUUCCCAGAUUUAAUACCGAACUACUCUCCUUGGUCAUUCCUAAGUCUCCAGUAAUCAUGCUUAUCCUUGUUAUUGAACAUAUCGCCAUUGCAAAGAAUUUUGGCAAAAAAUUUGGAUAUCAAGUCAUACCCUCCCAAGAGAUCAUGGCACAAGGCACGGCGAACCUGCUGGGCCCCUUUCUGGGCGGCUAUGCAUGCACGGGAUCAUUCGGCGCCUCGGCAGUCCUGGUCAAGGCCGGUGUGAAAACUCCGCUUGCUGGUGUUUUCAGUGCACUGCUUCUCCUGCUGGCACUGUACGCCUUGACGGCCGUUUUCUACUACAUCCCCAGGGCAGCUCUAGCUGGCUUGAUAAUCCAUGCUGUGCUGAACCUGGUUGCCAGUCCGAAAACCUGCUACAAAUAUUGGCGGCUAUCCCCGUUCGAGUUCGGGAUCUGGAUUGUUGGCGUUAUUGUUGCCAUUUUUACCGGACUGGAGACCUCGAUCUAUACCACUAUUGGACUGUCUCUAUUCUUCUUGUUAUUGCGAAUCGCUCGCACAAAAGGCCAAUUCCUAGGUCGUAUACCAAUCCAUCCGGUUGCAGUCGAUCUCAAUGCGGACUCCGUCAGGCAUGACCACAACUCGAGACUGUCCAGUAACAAUUUCGCAAGUCGCGAUGCGUACAUACCCAUCGAUCGCAAGGACGCCUCGAAUCCAGAAGCGGUGGUGCGAUCGCCUUACCCUGGAGUUUUUGUAUACCGAUUUCCAGAAGGAUUUAACUACCUCAACCAGACCUUGCACCUCAACAAUCUGACCGGUUACAUUCUUGCCCAUACUCGGCGCACGACAAAACAGGACGACGUCGACGCGCAUCAACUGUUAUGGUGUGACUCAGCAGCAACCAGGGAUAUCGAUACAAGCCUGCCAGACUUACGAGCCAUCGUACUGGACUGUUCAUCUGUCAACAAUCUAGAUAUCACCAGCAUCCAAGGACUUAUUGACGCGAGGAAUAUGUUGGACAGUUAUGCCGCACCAUCCUGGGUAGAUUGGCACUUUGCCACCCUGUGGAACCGCUGGUCUCGACGUGCGCUUGCAGCUGCAGGCUUUGGAUUUCCGACGAAACGAAAUCAGAUCGCGCUUGGGAACUGGGCCCCGGUGUAUACCCUGACUAGUUCUUUUGCUGGUGCAGAGCCUGAAGACGAGCGAGCUCAGGAGGCGAGGAAAGAUGAACAAAUCAAGACAGAAUGUGAAAGUAGGGCUGUGGAAACAGGUAUCGGCCCUGAGAAUGAUAUCGUGACGAUCAUGCAAAGUGACACCCAGUCACUUCGACAUGAAAAAAAUGGUACAGUUGUAGCGACAGCUGAGCAGCGCCGCGCUGUCUUUGGCCUAGACCGACCACUCUUUCACAUCGACCUUGAGCAAGCCAUCUCAGCCGCUGUGUGCAAUGCCAGACUGAAGGACAGUUGAUCGGGG